UCAGUUUAGUUGAUCAGUGAAGAUAUCCUGAAGGAGACAGAACAAACAUCCUCUUAUCAAUGGUUCAUUGAAAGCAAAUGGGGAAAAAAUUAUCCACACCACAAGAAAUGUUUGCAUGUAGAUACAUGAAAAGCAAGUCACACAGCAGAACUGGCAGUGAGGAUCCAACUGCAGAGGGGGAAGAUCUUGGUGCUUUAAGAAAAAAAAAGAUCAAGAGGAACUCUUGGAUAAUGAAUUUUUUUGCAAGCAAAUACCCCAAGUGCUGUUGCAGCAGCUGAAAAGAAACCAAUUGCCAACAUCAGACUUCAAACAGAAGCUAAUAAUUUCAUCAACAAUCACAAAAAAAUCCCCAAAGUCCUGGAAGAUAUUGUGGAUAAUGAGCCCCAGCAUCUGUUGGCUUUGUAACUUAUUCCGAGAUGGCACAAAUGGAAUCACUUCUAAAAUAUGUCUGGACGAAGUGCUACAGUGGUCUCAGUCUUUUGAAAAGCUGAUGGCUACUAAACAUGGGCGUAUAAUCUACAGAUCCUACCUGAAGACAGAAUACAGUGAUGAAAACAUUGAGUUCUGGCUUGCUUGUGAGAGCUUCAAAAAGAUAUCAUCACAGAAGAAAAGAAUUUCAGUGGCACAGAAACUUUUUCAGGACUACAUCCAGCCUCAGUCUCCAAGGGAGAUUAAUAUUGAUAGUCCAACAAGAGAAGCUAUUAUUAUGAAUAUUCAAAAGCCAACUCCAUCCUGCUUUGAUGAAGCUCAGAGAAUUGUUUACUUGCAUAUGGAACGGGAUUCAUACCCCAGGUUUCUUGGGUCAGAAAUCUAUCAAAGCCUUCUCCGGGGUCUCUCAGCCAGAAGAAGGGAGCCAUCUGUGUCUAUUAAAGAGACAGAAUGAGGAUGCAGAAGAUGCUGGUGAGCUCAUCUCUUUUAAAACACCAGAGAAAGUGAAGACACCCAGUGGCAGAAUUCACACCAACAGUAUGGAUAUCUUCAUACAGCUGUGAUAAUUCUUUUCAUAUUUAUAUUUUGCAUGGGAAUUACAUUGAAUGACAGCAUAAGAAUCAUAUACAAAACAAGGGUCAACAAAAGGAUUGGUAUUGUAUUGGAUUCUGGAACUGUCACAGACCCAAUAGCAGAUAUACUUGAAUGAAC